AGACAGGAGGGUGAGGCGGGCCUCCCAGCGGCCGAAAAGGCCUCGCUCCGCCCCGGAGGUGUGGCUAGACGCUGGUGCCUGCGCGCGCAAUCACGGCAGCCACGCUCCUUCCGCCCGCCGGAGUCCAGGUGUGGGCGCCGCGCUAAGCUGGGUUGCUAUACGCUCGGCUUGGGGUGCUGUGCGUAGCUGUUCUGCGGCUCUGCGACCUCGGCGACAGAAUGCGCAUAAGUAGAGCUUCAGUUCUAAGCAACACUGUCACCAAUAUCUUGAUCAUUUAAGUUGAACAUGUGAUAUGCUUGCGCUCUAGGUAAAGCAGGUAUUGAGACCAUAUAUCAGGCACUGAAAAAAAGGUUGGAAUGAAUUACGGCACUGUGGAGUUGACCUCAGAGACGUUUCCAUCAGCCUCAGGUUUCACUUAAAAAUGCCUUAAACGUAUGUAUGUGCGUAAGUAUGUAUAUUAAUGAAAGUGUUGGGAAAUCAACACUUUGUUACAAAGUCUUGUAACACCCAGAACGAUUCCAUUGCAGCGAAGACUUAGUGGACUCCUAGUCAGAAGCCUUCCAAAUUAAUUGGACACUCUUUUUCCUGCCAUUUCAAGACUUUUCAGUUUUCUCGUUUCCCUUCCCACUGCUGUCUCCACAAGUGCCCACCCUGCCCCACCCCCAGAAUUAUUUCUCUUUAUAAAUACUUUCCUCUUCUAUGCAUUUACUAAAUCACAUUGGCUUCUCCCGGUAUGACCGUUUCUUCUAUCUCAAUAUGGCCACGUGCUGGAAAUAAUUUCUUUCUCAUCUGAACUUUUAUAGAUAGAUAUAUGCUGUACCUGUCCAGUGACACUGUCUUUAUUUAAACUACAAUUGUUAUGUCUUUUUUCCCCUAACUAGACUGUACACGUUCUGAAAGUAGGGACCAUACCAUAUUUAUCUUUUGAUUACUGCAGUGUUUUUCAGACUGAGGGAGGUGUAUUCUUGGAGUAUACACUUAAGAGAAUUGUUGAUACUAGUAUCUUUCCAUAGUGAUUUUUAAAGGUAGUAUAAGCAUUUAGGCCAUUUGGAUAACCAACUGAACCCUGAAACCUACCAUGCUAUGUCAGUGCCCACAGUUAUUUGUAUUUGUUAUCACAUUUUGGUGCCAAGAAAGAAAACUGGCUAAACUAAAUGAUAGAUGUGCCACAGGUGCAAAACAAAUGACAUGCUGUAUGAACAAAGGUUUUUCAGCAAGCUAAAUAAAGUGGUGAGAGAACUGAUUUUUCCCUACAGCAUGAAAUAGCUUGUGUGCCAAAUCAAAAGAACCUGUGUGGUCAUAAGCCAGUACAGUUUUUAUGUCAGGUAACUGUUUAGUUCAGCACGUUUUCAUUUCAUUAGUUUUCAGUUCUGUUUGUAUUAAUUUUUAUUCAUUCGUUCAUGGUUGUGUAAGAGCUUUAGCAUAUAGUUUAUGCCUGGUUUUAUGGCUGAAUGUAUUUAAAAAACAAAAUACAAUAACUUAGACACAGCCUGGGGGUCUGCCAGAAUGGUUUCCUUUUAAAAAACCACACAAUACUUUUCUCAAUUUUUAGCAACUCUGACUUAGAUAUUCAUCAUCUUCUCCUUUACAGCUUAGGCUUAGCAAGUAAUUAGCUAAAAGCGUAUCUGGUUGUGUAGACACAGGUGGUGAUGCCCUAUAAAGACUCGUCGCUUUAUUGAUCUUUGCUGUUUGUUUUCAGCUUAUAGGAACUCCACCUGGGUUCUUAAAUUAAAAACACACAAAACAUCUUUUAUCUCCUUGACUAAUUAUUCCCUAUUCCUAAAAGAAUAAUACUAACAAAUAUGACUAACCCACUAAGAACAUUUUUAAAGGACCAGGUAGCUGCUGAGCCCCUGCACUGUUGUUGCUCAUAGUUCACAGAGAAAAUGUUCUUAAGAGGAAGAAUCUGUCUUUGGUUAUAUGUCAGAACAGGUAUCAUUCUAGGAAGUGAGCUAAAUAGCCCAGAGCAACAUGGUAAAAAUAAUUGUUAUCAGCUUAACAAGUUUCACUGUAGCUUUGAGGAAGCAGAAAACUACUGCUGUGUCCAGGGAGGACACCUUGCUUACACUUGGAACCGGGAAGUUCGGGAUCUUUUCUGGGACUUUCUAGAAGAGAGGAGUAAGUGGUGGAUUGGACAAAAUCUCAUGCUGCUGGGAAAACAUCAAGAAGAAAAACAACCCAGAUGUCACGGCCAGCAGGGUCACAAAGCCCACCAGAUGCACUUACAUGUCCAGAAACUCCAACUGGAUCUCAUCAACAGUGCACUUGGGCUCACUGGGGCAUUCUUUCAGUUGCCAGGCUGUAUACUGUUGUUCACCAAGAAUGAAACAUCCUUAGGUAAAAUAGAAAGAGAUACUUCUAUCCAACAAUUUUACUUGGACUCAACCUGCUUUCUUCUUUCUGUGGCAGCUGCUCACCCAGCAAUGGCAUGUCCCCACACUGCUGGUGCUGAUCUUGUCGCAGAUGAGCCAGCAGGGAGUUUGAACGAAGUGAUUCAUGGUUUGCAAAGUCACAGCAAACUACGGAGAGCUUGUGAGGUGCUCCAGAAACUGACGGCCUUUAUGCCAGAAUUUUCUAAGUCAGCUCAAGUUAGUGUCAUCAGUCGUCAUGUUUACCUGAGAAGUCACCAGAGAGCACAUUUCAGAGCAAAGCAGUCUGGGUUUCAAAAACCCCCAACUGCCUGCCUCUCCGAGUCCCUCGACACUGUGAUGGAAGCUGCUGGAGCAAGCCCACAGAGGUCCAAGCAUGCCAUUGAGCAGGUAGAAAAUAUGCUGGAAAUGGCCUUGCUGGCCCUUGGGAAGAUCAAGGAAACAUUUCUACAGCAGAACCAGUUUUCUGAGUCUUUAGUGACUUUGACCUCUAUCAUUGCUUCUCUGAUGCUGAGCAGCCAAAACAUGUCAACCUGGCCCCUGAGCUCCUAUACUCUAGGGUCCCCAGCAGCUGUGAGGUUAGGCUUUCCAAGGGCUUCAGCUUUGGAAGAGCUCUUGAACAGACAACCAGGAUUUAAUGUUCAAGUGAGUGUCAAAUUGAUUCUGACCCAAAUGGAGUUGGGAUUGAUGGCUACAGGCGUUUGGAUGCACCAUGAUACGACUAGCUUCAGUUCCUUCAGGGAUUUUGAUGACAAGAACAUUGUUGGAAGUAUCGAAAGUGUGUUGCUAAGCUCUAAUCAUAUUUUCCAAGUCCAUGAUGUAGUGGAAUAUAUUGAGAUCAUGCUGUGGAGAAAUGUUAGCGUGGAAAUCUAUCCCACCAGCAUCAACAUGAGCUCAGACCAUUUUGUUAUGACAGUGAGCAUCACUUCCCUGGAGAAAUCCCUGAUCGUGUGCAUAGAACCUGAAAGUCCCCUUUUAAUGACGCUCUACCUGGGGUUCCAGUAUCAGCCUAACCACACCCACUUCAACCUGAACAUCACCCUUCCAAAGAAUCAGGUAUGGCAAAAAGAUGAGGAAUGUACAGGGGUGCUGGCUCCAGAGAGUCUGCAGUAUGGGAGCAGCGCCUACUACACAACAGCUGUGCUGAAUAAAAGCCAGUAGAGUGCCCAGCGCACACCCACCCUGCUCUAGGCGGCAACUGCCGUCACUCGCUGUCAUUUCUGGGACAGCCACAACAGCACGUGGGAGACCAUAGCGUGCCAAGUUGGGCCACAGAGUACAGUUUUGAGGACACAGUAACUGUGAGGUCACUGUAACCGCCUGACCUACGUUGGCAGCGACUUCUUCAUUGUGCCCCGGAUGGUGAACAUUGAAGACACUAUCAAGCUGCUCCUUCGUGUGACCAGCAACCCUGCUGGGGUGUCAUUGCUAGCCAGCCUUUUAGGAUUCUGUAUGCUCACCUUUGUGCGGGCUUGGAGGAAGGAUCAAACAUACAUGCAGAAGGUGAAGGUCACUGUCCUGGCUGAUAAUGACCCCAGCUCGUUUCACUACCUCCUGCAGGUCUCCACUGGCUAUCGAAGAAGGGCCGCCAUGCCAGCUAAGCUUAAUGAAAUGAAUGUGGUUAUCACCCUCUAUGGAUCAGAGGGGCAGAGGGAGACCCAUCACCUUUGUGACCCCGAGAAGGCAGUCUUCUUUGAGCCAGAGUGUCUGGAUAUCUUCCUCCUCAGUACUCAGUCCUCUUGAGGGGAACUGCACAGCCUGUGGUUCUGGCAUGACAAUUCGGGGGCCAGCCCUUCUCGGUAUGGAAACCGGGUAAUUGCCAGUGACGUGGCAGGUGAAAGGAAAUGGCACUUCCUGUCCAACUGUUGGCUGGCCAUGGACCUUGGAGAGAGUGAGCAUGACCGGGUCUUCAAACCAGUCUCAAAGAAAGAACUCUUUUCCUUUAGACACCUGUUUUCCUCCAUGAUUGUAGGAAAGCUCACCCAGGAUCAUCUGUGGCUCGGGAACCAGUUUACAAGAGUCCAGAGGCUCUCUUGCUGCAUGACCUUGCUUCUGUGCGACAUGGUCGUCAACGUCAUGUUCUGGAGGAAAACUGGCACCACUGCCCAGAGAGAUGAGCAAGGUAUGGGUGAGCCCGAUGUGUAGCCUUUUGGGUCCAUUGCUACCCAACUGUUCAUCAGCAUCCAAACCGCUGUCUUCCUCUUCCCUGUCAGUCUCGUAAUCGGGAGGCUCUUCCUGCUGAUCUAGCCUCAGGAACUCCUGCCUCUUUUUCCUUCCGACCAGGCUUCCUGCCUCUCAGAUGCUCCUUGUGAGCCUCUGUCUCACAGAGGAGAGCCUGAAUUAAAGGAGACUGUGGGAUUCCUACUCUGGAGAAAUAUGUACCUACUCUCAGACUUGGAACAACCUUUAUGGAGUCCUUCCAACAUUAACAAGCAGGUGAAGCUUUUACCCAGCCUCCUCUGUUCUCACGUAGCAGGUCACGGCUCUCAUCAGCGGGCAGGACCCCAUUGGUGUGAACCUUGGCCUGUAUUUUCAAUGGUUCCUGAAGGCCAGCAUCAUUUCUGUCAUUACCUGCUCAGAGUUCUGCAGAGGCUUCAAUCUCACUUAAGCGCACUGGGUCCCACUCAGGCUGACCGGCCUUGUGACAUCCUAGAUGCCACCAGUCAACUGCAAGAACUCCAGGAGCUCUUGGAAAUACAUAUUCUUCCAACAGAACAGGGGCCAUUCAGAGAGGCAACCAGUUCCCCCCUCCUGAGCCCGGAAGAAGGGAAGAAGCCCAUCGUUAAUGGCCUGCCCCGAUGGUUGACUUGCAUCUCCUGGCUCCCUCUGGGUGUCACUAGCCCAGCUGCAGCCUUUUUUACUGCCUUUUAUAGUCUGGAACUGAACAAAGACCAGGCCACCAACUGGGUUAUUUCAGUGAUAUUAUCAGUGCUUCAGAACAUCUUCAUCAGCCAGCUAGUAAAGGUGAUCGUCCUCACAUUGUCCAUCUCACUGAUGCAGAACAGGGUGCCGUGUCUUACCAAAGAGAAGGAACAACAAACAAGGAGGAUCUUGGCACUCUUGGCAAAAUGUUCACCAUUACCUGGUUCGAGAGAUAAGAAUAACCCCGUCUAUACAGCUCCAGCUUUCCACAGCCCGGGUAAGUGACCAGAAAGGACCUUGAAAGAGAAGAAACAUUUCAAGCUGACGGGAGAUAUUUUGGUACAAAUCCUCUUCCUCAUCUUGUUGAUGACUGCGGUCUACUCAGCACAGAACUCCAGUAGGUUUUACCUCCAUCAAGCUAUUUGGAAGAGGUUUUCCCACCGUUUGUCAGAGAUCAGACUUCUUAAGCAUUUCUACCCACAGGCCACUCACCUUCCUAACCUUUAUGGGGAUUACAGAGCACUAGCACUGGGACAAGGGUCUGCUUCAGAGUUGGCAUAUGGCAAGCCUAUUACCAGGUACAAGAAUGAGUGUGGCUCCCACCAGAUUCCUGGAAGGGUUCCUGCUGGGUCCCUGGGCAGAGUUCUGCAGCAUCUUGAACAGAGCCACUGGCUUGACCAUUGCACCAAAAGCCUCUUUGUGCAAAUUGUGGUCUUCACUGCUAAUGUGAACCUGUUGUGUGCAGGGACCCUGAUUUUGGAGUCCAACAACAUGGUUUUCAGUAGGAAAUACCAAGUAAAAUGUAGAGAUUCAGGAACAUUUGUAAUAGAUAAUCCAGGAAUAGUUGCACUGAUUUCAAAGACAGAGUUUGAAAGGAAGAGGGCACAAGCUUUAAAGACUCUUGACUCCAGGUAUUCUUUGUUCUCAGGUGCCUUCUUCACCUCUCUGAGGCUGGAUUUAAGUUCCCUUCAGGCAUCCAAGAGACUUUGGUCUGUUAUCUCACAAGUCCUCUGUUAUCUCCUAGUCUGUUACUACGCCUUCGUACAGGGUCAUUGGCUGAAACAGCAGAGGUGGCAGUUCUUCACUAGGAAAAGAAACAUCCUGGACACGAGCAUAAGCCUCAUUAGUGUCAUCCUGGGUCUUGACAUGAAGCUUAUUUCUCUGCAUAAGAAAAACAUAGCACAAUACCACUAUGACCGUAACAGGUUCAUCAGCUUCCAUGAGGCAAUAAAAGUAAACUCAGCAGUCGUUCACCUCAUGGGCUUCCUGGUUCUACUGGCAACUGUUCAGCUGUGGAACCUGCUGGAUCCUAACCCCAGGCUGCAGGUCGUCAGUAGAGCACCCAGCAAAGCCUGGGACAGCUUCCUGCUAUUCAUCCUGAUCCUGCUGACAGGCUAUGCCAUUGCUUUUAACCUGCUGUUUGGAUGGAGCAUCUGGGACUACCAAACUUUUUUCAGCUCAGCAGUGACUGCUGUUGGUCUCAAGAUGGGAAUCUCUCAUCACAAGGAGGUUGUUGUUUUAGAGCUAAUCCUGGGUUCUUUUCUGAUCCUCACCAGUGUCAUCUUGAUAGUACUUGUGAUCAUUAACCUUUUUGUUGUCAUCCUCAUGGCCUUUGGUAAAGAAAGUCCCUUAAGGUAGGUAACUCUCUGGCUCAGUAACUGAAAUAUAAAUGUCAUGAUUCUUCUAUCAUUGGAAAAGCUCAACUGUUGCUGCUCUUAGGUAGACAUAAUGCACAGUAUUAGCAUAUUCCCUUUAUUGGUCUCUGCCAACCAUUUUUAUAGGAAACCCAGUUUACCAAGACUAUAUUAUGUUCUAUAUCCACUGUCCUAUAAACACCUGGUCCUCCGCUAUUUAGCAGAAACACUCCAAUGCCUGACAGUAAAUCAUAAAAGGAAAUUUCCAGUAUUACUAUUCAUACUUUUUUUUGGUAUCUUGUGGUACUUUUUCUCUCCAACAUCAGGAUCAAUUGUUAAUUUCCCCCACUUUUCUCCUUUUGUCUUUGAACAGACUCUAAAAGAAGGUGCAUUCACAGAUGGUGCUGCAGAGAGUUUGCUAGGAAUCCAGCGGCACCAGAACACAUGAGCAAAUGGUCAUGAUAGCAAUGGGCAUUAACAAUGGAGCCUGGCUCCAUUCCCAGCCUGGCUUAUUACUACUUAGCAUAUUAUUACUUAUCUUUGCAUGGCACAGUUUAGAAAAUUACCAAUGUUUAUAUAUAAUGCACUGUUAAUUUUGUAAAUCACUGAGGAAUCAAAAUCCCCUGUGGCUGCAAGUUCUUCUGUUUAUAGAUCACGGUCAGGAAAGGGUUAACCCUGUAAGAGUGAUACAGAAUAAUCCAGCUCUGCUGCCAAACAACAAGUAAAAAAACACUCAUCACCAAUGUUUCAGUAUGGCUGUGGGAAAUAUAAAUGAAUCACAAGUGGGCUCAGAGCAGCUUACUUUUUUUUUUAAUGUUUAUUUUUGAGAGAGAGCACAAGUGGGGUAGGGGCAAUGAAGAGGGAGACACAGAAUCCGAAGCAGGCUCCAGGCUCUGAGCUGUCAGCACAGAGCCCAACAGGGGUUAGAACCCACUAACGGUGAGAUCAUAACCUGAGCUGAAGUCAGACGCUUGACUGACUGAGCCACUCAGGCGCCCUGACAGCAGCUUAAAGAUAAAUGCAUGAGGUUUGGGUAAUGGAGAGCCCUGUCCCAGAGGAGUAACCAAGCAAAUUCACAAAUGCUAUCUAGGCUUAAAUACAGAAGUUGAGGGGCGCCUGCGAGGCUCAGUCAGUUAAGCGUCUGACUCUUGAUUUCGGCUCAGAUUAUGAUCUCAUGAUUCAUGGGUUCAAGCCCCACAUCGGGCUCUGUGCUGAUAGUGUGGAACCUUCUUAGGAUUCUGUCUCCUUCUCUGCCCUUCCUCUGCUCACUCUCUUGCAAAAAUAAACAUUAAAACACACACACACACAGAUUGAAAUGGGCUCCUCGCUGCUGCAGGUCCCCAUGACCCAGGGAACCAAAGAGUUAAGGUCUGGCUUGUGCCCAGCAUGGGUCACUGCUUAAAAUAAUCUCCACUAAAAUCCAAAUGCACCUCAUCGUUUGACCAAACCAAAUUCAGCAAGGCACAGAAUUUUUAACUUUAUUAUCAGCUACUGAGCUAUGAGAUAGAUACAAACCAAUCAAAAACACUAAAGUUGCUUGAAACAAGUAUAUACAUUACCCUACACAUAAGCCAGAGUCCUACCUUCUGAUCCCAAAACCAUCCCUCUGGGGAAGGACAGCCUUAUCUACAGGGAAAAGGAGCACAUUAAGUUACAACAGUAAUAGUCUCAUCCAUCUAGGAAAGUAGUGAACUACAGCCACGUUUUUUAUGGGCACCAAAAAACUUUCUGAAAUCAGUCUUUAAAGGUUCUCUUAAUCAUAAAGUUUUCAAAUGAAAACAAGAACCCUUCUUCUCCUGUAGGCAUUCCAGCUCACUACCCAAGAGAUUUGAGUACUUCUAUUAAGGCAACUGGAAGCCCACCUUAGCCUUGAAUGGUGACUUCUGCCCAACAUGUGACCUGUCCGCCAUUUGCCAGUAAAUGCAAUCCAACAGAACAUGCUAUGGGGAAAAACAGGAAUUUAUGCAGUGUUGCCCUCUGGUAAAAGGAGAACACAGCACUCAAAGCAAAAGGCCACGGAGGGCUCCCUGAGAAUCCAGCAGAACUAAGAGAAGCCUUCAACUUUCCAAAUAAACUUUGCAACUGGAUCCAGGUAGAACAAUGCCCUGCAGCAAGAAGUAGUGUGUAUGCCAAUGAGAGGACCCAGCUUCCAAGAACUGUUAAAGAGGCUUCCAGCAUCAGUCUCUCUUCCCAUUCAUAUCACACCUUUUUGUCUUGAUUCUUGCUCACCACAAAUCCCUCUGUACAGAGGGGUUUGUUUCUAAAUCUAGAACUUCAGCACAGGACUGAGAGAGACUUCAUGAAGUAAUGUCCUCCGUGUCCAGCCAUCUUUGGCAGCUCUCCUUACAAUGCUUUCACCUUUUCCCUGCGGAGGGACAGAAGGACAGGUGACGGGCGAACCUGGGAUCACACUCAAAGGAGACGAACAAGCAAGGUUGCCAAGGCUGCUCUGGCCUCGUUGACUCUAAAUGUUAGUCUCUUAAGAGCAACAGAGAACUGGAAAGCAGCAGAAUUUAGAGCAGGAAGAGAGCCCAAAGGAAAAGUGUGCUCAGUGAUGGUAAGAGAUGAAAAAGAAUUGCACGGAGAUUCUUUGUUACAAGGAGAAACAGUGCCGUCUCAAAUCCCAGAGCCUGGAGGUUGCCUGGCUUAAGAGAUCUAGGUUUUCUUUUUUAACUCUUCAAAUCUCCGGGAAAGAUCAUCAAAGUCAAUGUCCUCAGAUGCUGAGGUGUUGGCACCAGCAGAUGCAGUCGGUAGUGUGUCUGGCACAGACGGCAACUCUGGUAGUACAAAGUUGUCGCAGGUGUCCACAGGUCUGGAAGGGGGCUUUGCGGGGGCUUCCGGCUUGGGCCCAGGACCUAAUUAAAUAAGGGUAAGGAGCCCAGUGUUACAAAAGCCAGAGAAGGGGCUCAGAUCCUCAAAGCCCACAAUCCCCUUUGGCAAAAACAAUGUAACUAUCAAAACACAGAAGAAAAAUAGGAUUAAAGAUCAAUAAAAUUUUCAGUACAAUUAAGAUCUACAUUCCCUUAA